CUUCCGACCGCCAUUACAUUACAAUGCGUGGUGGGCUGGACGAUCGUGCGCGAGAAAAAAAAUGUUACAGCGGCGCGUCGCGUCAAGCAAACACACACAAGAGGGUGAGAAUGACACACUCGGGCUUCACGCGCACUUAUUUACCAAUAUAAUAACACGCUGCGAGGGAUAACCACAACGAGGAAGGAAGGGAGGAAGGAAGGAGUCUCUGCUGAGGAAACCAUGCACAUGUUUGAGGAUUUAAUUCAAUGAUCAAAUCAUCAUUUUCUCGAGGAAGGAGGAGGAGGAGGAAUCGCUUUUAAAUGUCGUAAAGGAAAAAUCUGCAGCAGGCAACAUAUUCUUUAUGUCAGCGAUUGGCGCCACGCGAGGGCUGUCACUUUUGCGUAAAGUGUGCAUUUAAAACACAAUAAACCCUGUUUUUGUGCUACAUUGUGGCUGCUGUGGACGCGAGAGGACGUUUCGUAAUGAUAUCAAACUGAAAGGAAGGAAGGAUUUUUUCAAACCUCCGUCUACAGAAGCCUGCUCGCCGUUUUCCUGCUGCUGCUGCUGCUGCUGGUGGAGUGUAAGAAUAGUUGUUCUUGUCUGAUCGCUUUGACUCAUGAUUCGGGGUUAUACUGGGAACCCGCCGCCCUGCCUCUGCCACACAGAGGAGCACUGGUGGGGGCUUUUUCUUUCUCUUUUCCUCAGCGACCCCUCUCUCUUUUCGUCUGCGGUCCGUUUAAUACAAGAGCAACAGAGGGAUUAAACAUUCCUGCUCGCAGCGCCUGUUUGCGCGAGGCAGACUAGGUUACAUUGUGAGAGGAACGGGUUGUGGUAAGAAAGGAGGCUAUAAAUAGCUCAUGCAAUUCUCGAAAACUAUCACAAGUGGUGCAUCAGCUUGUGGAGCAGACGGAAUCAGAUAUCCUGCGUGUAAUGUCUCGCUUUUAAGUUGAUUGUUCUGCAAAGCGUUGGACGGGUGGUGUUUUUUGGAAGAAGUUUUGACUCAUAUUUUGGCAUUUUUUGGGCUGUGUUUCGGCACGGAAGAUAAGCUUUCCCCAUGGAUUAUUGCUCAUUUAAUGAUGAAACUAUCAGCGGACAGACUGAUAUGGAAACAGGCUGAUCUUCUGUGCGUUUGGAUCGAAAUGGAUACAUUUUUGUGCUCUCCGCCUUUGACAAUGAUCACAUUUGGAACCGCCUGACCUGGAUUGUAACAAUGUUUUGAUCCCCGGAUUUACAUUACAACAUUAUAUCCGCUUGGGGCUUCAUGGAUGCGUUCUGCACUUCUUUCUGAAAACGCCCAAUUCUUCGUCUAUUAUCCGGACGUCUCGUGAGGUUUUAAUCCGGCUUGUUUUAAGGAAAUAGAUUUGUCAGCCCUACUCGGUGUUUGGUACCGAUGUAGGAUUUCGACAUGCCCAGCGCUGACGACCCCAACGGCGGACGAUUAUGACUACAACAGCGAACUGGGUGGCUAACGGGGCAAGCCUUGAGGACUGCCACUCCAACCUCUUCUCUCUGGCCGAGUUAACGGGCAUUAAAUGGCGCUGCUACAGUUUCCGCAGCGGGGGAGAGUACGGCCCGGUGAUCUCGGCUCCGGCCCAGGACGAUCCAGUCCUGCGCAGCUUCAUGCACUGCGUUCAGGCCAAUCUGCUGUGCGUGUGGAGACGCAAGAUCAAGCCUGACGCCAAGGAGCUGUGGAUCUUCUGGUGGGGUGAAGAGCCCAACCUGUCCGACGUCAUUCAUCAAGAGCUGGAAGUGGCUGAGGAGGGGCUUUGGGAGUGCGGGCUGUCCUACGAGUGCAGGACCCUCCUGUUCAAGGCCAUACACAACCUGCUGGAGAGAUGUUUGAUGGAUAAAGGCUUUGUCAGGAUCGGGAAGUGGUUUUUCAAGCCUCAUGAACUGGAAGAAAAGUCUCUGGGCAACAGUGAGCACCUCUCCUGCUCCUUCUCCUUCUUCCUCCAUGGGGAGAGCAACGUAUGCACCAGUGUGGAGAUCGCCCAGCACCAGCCUGCUUACCAUGUCACAGAGCAGCACAUCCGCCUUGCACAGACCUCCAUCACUCCAGUACAAGUGAUCCUGAGUCCAUACGGUCUGAGCGGCACUCUAACAGGUCAGUCCUUCAAGAUGAGUGAUCCAGCUACACGGAAGCUGAUGGAGGAGUGGAGCUACUUCUACCCUAUGGUACUUCAGCAGAAAGAGGGAAGUGGAGAGAAAGAAAAAGGAGAAGUGGGCCAGGCCUUUGAUCGCAAUGGUCAUGUGGCAGUGGAGGUCAUUGUAGGUGGAGUAAGAAUGACCUACCCAGCUGCUUUGGUGCUGAUCGCCCAGGGGGACCUACCAGUGGAGCAGCCUCCACCUGUUCCAGCAGCUCAGGGCCUCAACAGGGAGCCGAACCACUGCAGUGUGCCGCUCACACCGCCCACGUCCCCACAACAGCCCUGCUCAGCGGACAGCGGCUUUGUGACCUCCAUCUCCAGCGUCCCCACGCCAGACAACAGCAUGGCCGUCCCCAGCAUCAGCCCAAAGCAUUCUGGGAAGAAGCUCACCUGUCAAGUCGUCCACCAGGCCUGGAGGGAGUGUUAUCUCAACCAGCCACAGUACGUACUGAAUCAGCCAACCGAUGCAACGCCGAAGAAAGAAGUGCCGAACGGAGUGACCACGUGGGAGUUCAACGAUCUGGGAGCGAGAGCCUCCUGCAGCUGUUCCAGGUUGAAGCAGCAGAAGCAAAAUCUGACUACCACAUCCACUGCCAACCCUCAGACCAGUGCCAACCCCCCUCAGUCCUCUGGUCCCUCAUUAUACCCUCCCUCCUUGCCCAAACACAAGAUCAGUGACAAGACAGAAAAGGCCGACAAACAGUCCAAAAGGCCGGCCACCAUCCCCUUCCAUCACCGUCUCUCCAUAACACAGGAGGCCCCUCUGGAGCAGGACUCACCAGGAGGGCCCCAGCUCGGAGGUCUUGUGGCCCUGGAGCCCCCCAUGGAGCCUCUGACUGCUCUUCCAAGCUGCAAGUAUCCCAAACCUCUUUCAAAUGGCAGAAAAGCCCCCGAAUCUCUACUUCAUUCACCAAUGUCUCCGCUUCCACCAACGCUAAGCCCGCACCCAAGGGUGCAGGACCCAGACGUGCUCGACGGGCCUGUGGAUAUGCCCAUCUGUUCGGAUGGAGGUUUAGGAAUGGGGUUGCUCGCCAGUGAAACGGUGAUGUAUACAGCCCUGCUCAGGCAGAGGGAGAGCGGGGCUGUCUGGUGGAGAGGCUUCAGGACUCCCCAGACCGAUAAGACUGACUGCAUACCCCCCGAACUCCCUGCUGAUAAGUUAGAGGAGGUGAAGACAGAUACAGCCGCCGAGGGAGCUCCACUUAAGAGACUUUACACCCAGACUCACAAGAGAUUUAAAAUCUCAGAGGACAGGGUGAGGGACCACAUUCAUACGUUGGGCCUCUUCCAGCAGCCGGGAGUGGAGGUUCUGAGGGAGCCCGGAGACGAUCCGUACGACUUUAAGGAAGGAGAUAUCGAGUACACUUUUUCCUCCUCCAAGAGGUUAAAGGGUCAGGGGCGAGAACCCAGCAAAAAGGUCAAGCAGGGGGAAGAAAUCACCAGCAAUGGAGCACUGCCUGAUGGGAAAGAUGCUAUGUCCAUUUUUAACUCAGCUCCAAAAUCAGAUGACUCAAGUCAGAGUGACGCGGCUGCCAAAGCGAAUCCUUCUCUGACCAGAGAGAAAGAUCUGGUGGUGAACAUCUCCGAUCUGGACAACAUAUUUGAUGAAGACGAGGAGGAGCUUGGGACUGUUUACCCCAACCAGCACUCAACCAAGCUGCAAGUAUCAACAGAAGAUCGACCCCUGGGGAAAGAAGGCAGAGUUCCAGUACCUUAUCCAUCUACAGUAGCAGACCUCCAGCGGAUGUUUCCCACCCCUCCGUCUUUAGAGCAGCACCCGGCUUUCUCUCCCAUCAUGACGUACCGUGACACCCCGAGCCAGGAGCCCCCUGUGCCUAGUGGAGCAGUGGACCACAUGCCGCCUCUGGCCUCCUCGCACAUUACUGAAUACAGGAUGGAGAUUGAAGAGGGCAUGGUCAGUCCCAGGCAGGAAGAUAUCAAGCCACAUAUAGGUUCCUCCAUGUUUGCUCCACUGUCCUGCCUUCCCAGCCAGACUCUACCACCGCUCAAAAUCCCUGAUCAAUGCUACUAUCGCCCAUCCUGGGCCCUCAUGCCAAAGAUGGAGCAUUUCUCCGCUAUGAUGCACACUCAUAGUAAUGCUUUCAUCAGAGAUGGAUACACAAAUGUCCCCAGUGUAAACGCCCUCACAGACCAGGAGUACGGCCAGAUGAGCGCCACCACUGCCUCUGUGAGCACCACUGUUGGAAUCCUCCCAUCUCCUGCCACUCCACGUUUCUCUGUACCCACUCCACGAACUCCUCGAACACCCCGAGGGAUUAACGCUGCGAGCUCUGGGCAGGGUUCGGUGAAACAGGAUGGUACUGAGCUCAGCUCACCUGCCUCCACGCCCUCUACCAGCCUUCCUCUUAGCUCUGUAGAUCCCCUAGCUCGGCCGGGACCCUCCCUCCCCGAGGCCCACAGUCUGUACACCGUCCUCCUGCUCUCAGACUCCGUCCUCAACGUCUUCAAGGAUCGCAACUUUGACAGCUGCUGUAUCUGUGCCUGCAAUAUGAAUGUCAAAGGAGCAGAUGUGGGGGUAUAUAUUCCUGAUUCCACUUGUGAGGAUCAAUACCGCUGUAUGUGUGGCUUCAGUGCAAUCGUGAACAGGCUGCUGGCUCACGGCACAGGCCUCUUUCUAGAGGACGAGCUGGAUAUUUUCGGUCGGUCUUCAGAGGUUGGCAGGGCAGCUGAGAGGAGGCUCGCUCUGUGCCGGAGGGACCCGACUAUGGGAGACCCAAGAGCCAAGAAGCCACAGGACGCAGCCCCCGCCUCUCCUUUAGUAAUGGUACUUCUGCAGGAACAGUGCUCCCAGCCUAUUUCUUCCCUGGCAUCACUACAUCUCCCGCUCAGCUGUUCUUGCCAUGGCCGCAAGGGGGCGCUGCUCCAAAGCUGGAUGUCUGAGAAGCAGUGGGCUGAUGGCAGCGAUGCCUGUGUGGAGUGUUACAAUGCCUUGGAACAGGGGCUGCAGUAUGUGGAUAACUCCACAGGAGGGAAAGUAGAUCAAGCUGUUGUUAGAAGCACUGCUCUUCACUCCUGGCCUCACACGAAUGUGGUGGAGAUGAGCAUGUUGUCGUCCCAGGAUAUGGUUCGUAUGCUGCUGUCUCUGCAGCCUUUCCUGCAGGAUGCAAUCCAGAAGAAGAGAACAGGACGGGCUUGGGAAAACAUCCAGCAUGUUCAGGGUCCACUCACCUGGCAGCAGUUUCAUAAGAUGGCUGGGAGAGGCUCUUAUGGUUCUGAGGAGUCACCAGAGCCAUUGCCAAUCCCUACAGUAUUACUUGGCUAUGACCGUGAGAGGGAUUUCUUAGCAUUGUCACCUUUGGCGUUACCUUUCUGGGAGAAGUUGUUACUGGAGCCUUACGGGGGGCAGCGGGAUGUAGCAUAUUUGGUGCUUUGUCCCAACAGCCCUUCUCUACUGGCUGCAGCCCGGGCCUUCUUUCAGGAGCUCAGCACUGUUUAUGAGACAUGCCGCCUUGGAAAGCACCGUCCUUUGGCCAAGGUGUCCAGGGAUGGCUUGGUGCGAGUUGGGGAAGAAGUGGAGCCAGAGAAGUUGGAGGAGCUGAAUGUGGACAAGUGGUUGACUGGACCCUGGGCUGGACAACAACACACUGACAACCUUAGCAAACUGAAACUCUACGCCUACGCCUGCAAGCAACAGCUUGGUCCCCAACUAUCUACCCUGCUUUUGGACAGCAGUCUUCUGGUAACUCCCAAAGUCCAGCCUCCAUCAAACCCCACAGCCUCAGCCCAGCCUGCCUCUACAGGGCAGCCUCAGACUUGGGGCCCUGAUGGUGAACCAGCUCCAGGGGCUACCAGUUCAGGAAAUGCUCCGACCCCAACUGGGGCAGCAUCAAACCAGACAGGGGAGGCAACCCAAGCAGCAACCAGCGAUUCUAAAGGGUCGUCCUCUGUCACACCACCAGCCAACACACCAGCAGAAAACCCUGAACUGACUUCUGAGCAGGCUAGAAUUGGUAUCCCCACUGUGCCAGACUCAGCAGACAGCCACGCAAACCCACCAGCUAUUGUUAUUUACAUAGUGGAUGCUUUUCUUGGCUCGAGUGCAACUAGAAACGAAGGGGGAGAGGAGGAAGAGAGUGAUGAGGUGGAUACAGGUAGCUUUUGGCUACUUGGGCUUCUACGCUGCUACACAGAGAUGCUACAGACUCUACCUGAGACGAUGAGACCUGCACUAGUGCUACAGGUGGUGCCGUGCCAGUACCUCCUCCAGCCAGCCAGUGGGGAGAGCCAUUUGUACUUGCAACAUCUGCGCUCCCUGGCCUUCUCCUGUUACUCUCAAUGCAGACGUCUGCUGUCCCAGCAAACACACAUAAAGUCCCUGACAGGCUUUGGACCAGCGUCCAUGGUGAAUUCUGUCCUCAAGAGUCCAGAGCAUCCCAGUCCACUUCAGAUGUACUCCCCUCCUUUCAUCCUUGGCCCAACCCGUUCCAAGCAGCCUGAACCAGGAGAGAUGUGGGCAGAGCCUCCUCCAAAAUAUAAUGUUCUCUUUGUUGGAUACUGCCUAUCACAUGACCAGCGCUGGAUCUUGGUGUCCUGCACUGACCAGCAGGGGGAGCUCCUAGAGACGAGCAUCAUCAACAUUGAUGUACCCAACAGGGCACGAAGACCAAAGGUUUCAGCCAGGAAGAUGGGACUACAAAAACUCUGGGAAUGGUGUAUUGGUCUCAUCCAGAUGACCUCACUACCAUGGAGGAUUGUGAUUGGACGAUUAGGCAGACUAGGGCAUGGGGAGUUAAAAGACUGGAGCUCACUCCUCGGGGAGCACUCCCUGCAUUCAGUGGGGCGACAGCUGAGAGAGGCCUGUCGUAUUUGUGGGAUCUCAGCUGCUGACUCUCCUGCUAUUCUGAGUGCCUGCCUGGUUGCAAUGGAGCCACAGGGCUCCUUUGUGGUCAUGCCUGAUGCAGUGACUAUGGGUUCAGUGUUCGGCCGCAGCACUGCUCUGAACUUGCAGACUUCGCAGCUGAACACACCUCAGGAUGCGUCCUGUACACACAUCCUUGUCUUCCCAACUUCUGCAACCACCCAGCUGGCACCAAGUUCCUAUCCCACAGAGGACAAUAAUGAUGACAUGUUUGAUCUGCCCUUUCCUGAUGAACUGGAGAAUGACAUUGGCCAUGACAUGAUGCUGAUCACAGGGAACCUCCACCCUUCCCCUAACACCUCUCCUGUGCCCUCACCUGGCUCUCCCUCUGGAAUGGGGAUGGGAUCACAUUUCCAGCACACCAAGAGCCAGGGAGAGCGCUUGCUGUCGAGGGACAGUCCGCCAGAGGAGCUGAAACAGCAGCCGCUGGCCCUGGGUUAUUACGUCUCCACUGCACAAGCAAACGGACUCCCCCACUGGUUCUGGGCCUCCUGCCCGCAGGCUGAGAGCCAGUGUCCACUCUUCUUGAAGGCCUCCCUUCACCACCACAUCUCCAUCGCCCAGUCAGAGGAGGUGAUGUCAGACAAGAUCAAGUGGACUCCUCACCCCUUAGACUCAAAGACAACCUCUGAUGUGCUCAGGUUUGUAUUGGAGCAGUACAACGCCCUCUCCUGGCUGACAUGCACCCCUUCAACCCAAGACCGCCAGUCCUGCCUGCCGGUCCACUUGGCUGUUCUGAUCCAAAUGUACAACGCCAUCCUGAACAUGCUCUAACUGUGGGAGACUUCAAAGGACAACUGGAGGGGUACUAAUGGUUACUUUUACUCUCUCUGUGCCUACACUUCCUCCUUCUGGGCACCAGAGAGCACCAGAGCUCUUCUGUGGACUUUAAAGGCCAAAUUAAGGACGGGACAAGUCUGACUCUCCCAGACCUGGAAUGUAAAGAACAAGUGGGGUGAAAUGCUCUGAACAAUACCUUUUCACUUUUACUGGUUAACGGUGGCAGUUUGUUUUAUCAAAGCAGGCUCUGCGUGCUGUCUGAGGAGGAAGACAGAUGGAUUUAUCCGGCUAUGCUCCUUUGACUCACAUAUCACAAUUUUCUCCCAAUCAAAACGGCAUUAUGUUUCACUCUCUGGCAUCUGAAGCAUAUCUGGAAGAGAAGCUCUGAAUGAAAACGGUUUCCUGCGCAAAAGGACAUCUGUGCUGGGCCGUAUCACUCCAUAUUGUACAACCAGCAAAAAUGGCAUGACAACACAAACACAUGGCUUUUUUACAUCAAUCAUGCUUUUGAAUCAUUUUUGUACAGAAUAACUCUGUCAAGCUUCUUGGGACUUGUAGUGGGUUGAGGAGACUUUUUAUUGUUAUCCUGGAAGAGGGCAAACGUCCUCUUUCACCCUGAUGAAGGGGAGCAUUUGAUGAUGGCACUUUUUUCUCUCACCUUCCAAAGUGUUGUAGAUAUGAACACAGUGGAAACUAUCAGAGCAGUCAAAACAGAUGUGUUGUUUAUAAUGUAAGGCAUACAUUUGCAAAGAAUUGAGACUUAUUUUUAAUAUUUAAAGCAAGAAAAUGAGAAACUAAAACAAGGCCUUUUUUCCCAAUUGACUUUUAAUUGUCCUGGGAUCUGGAAUAAAAAACAAUGUUUUAAUGCAAUUGUAAAGAUGCCAUAUUUAUACAAAUUAUAUCAUGUCAUAGAAUUUGAUAUAUAUAUGUAUAUACCUAAAUAUAUAUUACCUCUCCCAUGCAGGCACUUAAUGAUGAAAAGUGAUGGAGUUGAUCAUCUCUUUGGAGGUGGACACAGUAUGAACAUUUAUCCAAAAAAAUGCAUUUAAGUUGUUUGUUUUUCUACAGAUAAUGAACAUUUUAACUUUUUAUUUAAUGAGUUUAAAUUAAACAAAUUGAUGCGGGAGAUACAGUAUACUCUAUAUUUAUAAAGUGUUCCUCUUCUGCUUUAAAAACUUGAAAUAGGCAAUAGAAGAUGAUGGUAUUUGAACAUUGCAAGGUAAUGAAAUAUUUAAGAAUGGUAUUUUACUUCAUUGGGCUCUUUUAAAUGAUGUCAAGCAAACCAAUAGAAAGGCCUGUCUCUUCAGCUUCACUCAGUCUGCUCUUUGUUAAGACUCCUAGCAUGUUUGUAUAUACACUUUUAAGCUGUGUCUUUUGGAAGUUCUUAAAGCUGUACAUUUCAUGCUGGCUGGUUUACUUUCAAGUGAUUCAUAUCAAAGUAUUUUUUUGCUGUGAGCUUUUUUGAUAUAUAAUAUACAGUACAAAACUCAUUUAUUUACAGCCAAGAGGUUAAAUUGCCAAGUUAAGUGUACACAAAUGUACAGACAAGGACAAGUUUGCAAAAAUUUGUUACAUCUGUCAUCACUUUGAAUAUCAAACAGAUCCUCUUCAGUGGGAGGGAUCUGUAACUUUUACACUCUUUUUUAGUAAAUUAUUAAAACUCUUGAAAAUCA